AUAUUCCCUAUCGAUGGUGUUAGAUCUCUAUAAAUACUUCAUCGAACUACACCGUUUACGUUCAUCUCGAGCACCGAAUCAUUCUUGUUUCUCCUGCGUCUUUAUAAGACUAGUUUGGUUUUGCACUUGAAAUUGCGGCCGGAUUGUUUGCUUUUCAGUCACGAAUUAGGGAGACGGUUUCUUUAGGCACCAUGGAGACGGAGAAGCACGGCCACCACCACUUCUUUCAUGGGGAGAAGAAGCAUGAACAGACUCGAGAGCAACAACUGAAGCAUCACAAGCACAUGGGGCGCCUGGCCAAAGUCGGAACUGUUACUGCCGGUGCCUAUGCCCUGCAUGAGAAGCACAAAGCGAAAAAGGACCCAGAGAAUGCACAUUCACACAGAAUAAAGGAGGAGAUUGCUGCCACAGUUGCUGUUGGCGGCGUGGUGUUGGUGAUGCAUGAGCACCACGAAAAGAAGGCAGCAAAGAAGAAGAUCAAGGAAGAGAAGAAGAAAGGAAACGGCCAUUGAUUGCAUCUAUGUAUUUGAUUAAUCAUAUGCCCUCUAGUGUGAUGCGAGUUUAAUGGUUUAUGUACUCUAAUAAAGUGUUGAUUGAUAUGGAUAUGGACGUACAUAUAUGUAUAAAGCUAUUU